CGUACCGGUGAAGAAGCUAGGAGUGAGUGUGCACGAGGGGGCGGAGAUGGCGUGGGAGCAGCAGCUGCAGGUGCUGCACGCGCUGGACGUGGCUCGGACGCAGACGUACCACGCGUGGGCGGUGGUGAUCGCAGGCAUGGGCUUCUUCGCCGACGCCUACGACCUGUUCUGCAUCACCCUGGUGACCAAGCUCCUGGGACGCAUCUACUACCACGUCCCUGGCCGGGCGGACCCCGGGAGGCUCCCGCCGCGUGUGGAGGCGGCCAUCAACGGCGUCACCUUCUGCGGCAUGAUCGUGGGCCAGCUCUUGUUCGGUUGGCUCGGCGAUAAGGUCGGCCGCAAGAAGUUCUACGGCAAGACCAUCAUGCUCAUGAUCAUGGGAUCCUUCCUCUCAGGCCUGUCGUUCGGGAACACGGCCGACGGCGUCAUGGCCACGCUCUGCUUCUUCCGGUUCUGGCUCGGCGUCGGCAUCGGCGGCGACUACCCGCUGUCGGCGACCAUCAUGUCCGAGUACGCCAACAAGACGACCCGCGGGAGCCUCAUCGCGGCCGUGUUCGCCAUGGAAGGGCUGGGCGUCCUCGCGGGCUGCAUCGUCACCUUGGUCGUGUCGGCCACGUUCCAGGCGCGCUUCAACCCGCCGGCGUAUGAGGAGGACCCCGGCGCGUCCACCCCGCCGCAGGCCGACUACGUGUGGCGCAUCAUCCUCAUGGUCGGCGCCAUCCCGGCCGUCUUCACCUACCGCUGGCGGGUCAUGAUGCCGGAGACGGCGCGCUACACGGCGCUCGUGGCCCGCGACGCCGAGAAAGCCGCGCGCGACAUGUCCAAGGUGCUCAGGGUGGAUCUCAGCGGCGAGCCGGACAAGGUCGAGAGCAUCGUCAGGGACAGGGGCGACUACAGCGUCUUCUCCGGCCGCUUCGCCCGCCGCCACGGCUUGCACCUCCUUGGCGCCGUCGCGUCGUGGUUCGUGCUGGACGUGGUCUUCUACUCCCAGAACAUCCUCCAGGAGGAGAUCUUCAGCGAAGUCAGGUGGGUGCCCGAAGCGCACACCAUGAGCUCCCUCGAGGAAGCGUACCGCAUCAGCCGUGCGCAGGCGAUCAUCGCCCUCUGCGGCACGCUUCCAGGCUACUGGUUCACCGUCGCCUUCAUCGACGUCGUCGGCAGGAAGGCCAUCCAGUUCCUCGGAUUCGGCAUGAUGACGGUGCUCAUGCUCGUCGUCGCCGCAUUCUACCACAUCCUCAUCCAGCCUGGCCACCGGAUAUGGCUCGUCGUCAUGUACACCUUCACCUUCUUCUUCGCAAACUUCGGGCCCAACAGCACCACCUUCAUCCUGCCGGCCGAGAUUUUCCCGGCACACGUCCGCUCCACGUGCCACGGGAUAGCGGCUGCUGCGGGGAAGGUUGGCGCCAUCGUCGGCUCCUUCGGCUUCAUGUACGCCGCACAGAGGGCGGACGGCAGCCAGGAGACACCCAGUGGGUACCCGUCGGGCAUCGGCGUGCGUGCCUCCCUCUUCGUGCUCGCCGCCUGCAAUGUGCUGGGGAUACUUUUCACCUGUCUCCUGCCUGAGCCCAUGGGGAGGUCGCUGGAGGAGGUGUCCGGCGAGGGCAGCCAGACCAUCAACCGAGAGGACGCAGAUUUGACUGACUCCAAGGUUCUCCCAUUGUAGCUGUAGGGCCUCUGUUUGAAUAUUAAUGUGCUGGGAUUAGAUCCACACCAGGGAUGUCAUUUUCUUUUCUUUUUGAGGAAACCAGAGAUGUCAGUUAAUUAAACUAAGGUUAUUCGGGGACCCUGCCGGAAGCAGGGAUACAAAAUCUUGGUACCAGAACACCGAGGCGGC